AUGUCUAACAGCUGUCAAAUUUCGGGAGGCGUUCGUAGGGCUAGACAUACGCCCGCUGCGGCCAUGACCAACCUCCUCCGCGCGCAAUCCUUUGUUUCCGCAUGCAGAGGUGUCCGUGCAACCAUGGCAGCUGCGUUGGGCAGCCUCGAGGAAAGAAGUAUGACCAGAUGCGCUUGCUGGGGGUCUUUGGACAAAACACCAGCUUCAAUAGACGCGGCACUUGGCGCACUGAACUCUGUCCGUGACAUCUCUUGCCACCUUUUCGCUGCAUACGAGUCUUGGACGAGACAAGUGGGGAAGCACGAACAAAGACAAAGAAGACAGUACGGAAGCCAGCCACCAACCUUAGCACGCAGCUCUCCACGCCUGCGAUUCGAGAUCAGACAAUCACGCCGCACAGCACCGCACCGAACCCUACACCUACGCCACCUAGCCCCGCAACGGCGCUCCUGUCCCACUAAUGCCGGCCGUCUUCCACCGCCGCACUGCCUCGAGCUCCUCCACCGCUACAACCUCCUCUUCCCCGUCUUCGAAACCACCCUCCAUAUUCCGGUACACACUCAUCCUGCUCAAAGCGAGACCCUCGGUUUCCGACAUCGACGCUAUCAGCGUCUACUCCGAGAGCCGCAGCACCCCGCCCUCGCCGACGGCGCAGCACACGUUGAGGGAGUACUUCCUUGUCGUGCACAACGAAGAGCGCGGGGACGAAAGAGAAAGAGUCGAGACCCCUCCGCCGCCGUACGAGCCCAGGGUUCUGCCGGGAUAUGGAGAAGAUGCAGGGCCAAGAGUAUGAGCAGCACUCGGCGGGUCGACCGGCGCUGAGGUGGAGAGAAAAGAUGGAUGUGCUCGCGAUGAGGCUGGUGGAGUCGUGGGCGAGGAUCGGUAUUUUGAUUCUCUGUACGAUGCUGGUUGCGCUUGGGGUUCUGAUUGUGAGACCGAGGGCCCAGGGUAACCGGAUGCCUGACGAAUCCCAUCAACAUGUUAGGGAGCAGCGGGAACGGGCGGACAGCGCGCUGGGGAUGCUGUCCGAGGUGGACGUGGGUGCUGCCGCCGGGACUUUCAAGGAUGCGGAGAUGGGCGGAAAGACGGGGAGGCGGAGUGGGAGAGGGGAGAGGGAGGAUGGUCUGGACGUGGAGGAUACCUGUGUCGUGCAAUAAGAGUGUUGAUGAGCCUAGUCCAACAGCAUC